AUGGAUACCGAUGGAAGAAAAAGAGUCGUAGCGAAAAAAGUUUUCCAUGAAUAUUGUGACUCUAGCACAAUACAUGGUUUGAAAUACUUGGGAACAAGACCAUUACACGAAAAAGAAUUCAAUUAUGAUGAAAACUUUCCACCAACAGCUGCAAAUUGGUCCUUUGAAAUGGAUUCGAUAAAACCAGAGAAUCCAAAUUUUGUAUUCACCAAUCCUUUUUAUCCAUUUCGUGUCUUUACAACUGGACAACAGUUGAUUGUUUAUUUGGCAUCUAAUGUCGCAGAUGACUUUGACUCGUAUUGUCCUGGUUAUGGCGGAACAUUUCGUGUUUAUUUGCAUGCACCAAAUGAGUUGCCAUGGUAUUCUCAUCAAUAUCAUGACAUCAACAUCAAAACAUACACAACACUUUCAGUUGAGCCCCAUGUGGUAAUGGCAACAGAACGAAUGAGAACAUCUUAUGGUCCAGAAAGAAGAAAGUGCUAUUUUGAUGGGGAAAAACGGUUAAAAUAUUUUAAACACUACACCAAGCGAAAUUGCGAACUUGAGUGCCUAAUAAACAUUACGCAAGCUAUUUGUAAUUGUAGUCGCUUUAAUUUUCCACGAGACUUGGGCGUUAACAUUUGUGGUCUACGAGACUAUGAGUGCAUGACACGCACUGCUACAUUUUACUUGAAUGUCGAGAGUGCCUCAGCAACUUUAAAUGUGACAAAGGCAUAUCAAGGUCGAUUCAAGUGCAACUGUUGGGCUUCUUGUCGCUCUGUUCGAUAUACAGCUGAAAAGCGCGAAGAAAAACUAUUUCAUAAUCAACACAAGCAUGUCCAAGUAAAAAAAACUGGUGAAAACGGCAGUGUGAAAAUCACCGAAGUAAAUUAUGAGAUGACAAAGCUCUAUGUAACUUUCAAGGACUCGGAGUUUUUUGCCUUGAAACGAUCUGAGUUGUAUGGACUGACAGAUUUUGUCGCCAAUUGUGGAGGAUUACUAGGCCUUUUUAUGGGAGUCAGUUUGUUGAGUUUAGUGGAAAUAAUAUAUUUUCUUACAGUUCGGUUUUUUAUGGGUAUCUUUAAUAGACAUAAAAAGAUAAAAAACUCAGAAACAGACUAA